CAUGGCGCCCACCAUGCUGGUGCUGCUGGUUCCGCCGUUGCCCGUAGCCCGAGGACUUCUCCGGAACUGUUGGAAGCAGCUGCAGCGAAAACUUCUGCAGAGCCGACCAGGUUUUCCCAGUCCUCCAUGGGGACCAGCAUUAGUGGUCCAAGGUCCAGCUAUAUUUUCAGAACCAACAAGUGAUACCAGUGGAAGUACAGAGACGUCCAGCCUUUUGGAUAGUAUAUUUUGGAUGGCAGCUCCUAAAAACAGGCGCAGCAUUGAAGUGAACCGGUGUAGGAGAAGAAACCCUCAUAAGCUUGUUAAAGUUAAGAACAAUAUAGACUUUUGUCCUGAAUGUGGUCACCUGAAACAGAAACAUGUCCUCUGUGGCUAUUGCUAUGAGAAGGUGUGCAAGGAGACAGCAGAAAUCAGAAGACAGAUAGGGAAGCAAGAGGGGGGCCCUUUCAAGGCUCCUGCUGUGGAGACCGUGGUGCUGUACUCGGGGGAGACACCCUCCGAGCACGAUCAAGGCAAGAGGAUCAUUGAGCGAGAGAGGAAGCGGCCGUCCUGGUUCACCCAGAGUUGACAUCAAACGUGUUUCAAGAGGAAAGCUUCACAUAAGACUUUUCUCCUGAAAAAAGGAAGAUUCUUUGCUUUUACAUUGGUUGUGUGCUUAUUUUUAAGUCAUCGAUGUAGCUUCAAACAUCCUAUAUAAGCAGUUAGUUUUUUUGCAGGUAAUUUGCACAGGAGUAAAGUCGAAAUGUUUCUGCAGAGGCUCAAUAGAUUUCUGUGUCUGUUUCUAUUAUAUAAUGAAGUUUCAGUAAAGAUAACAUUUUCAGGACUGAGAGAUAAAACAUAAUUUAAAAUUCAUAGCCAAAAUUAGGAGUCUGGGUUCUAGUUUUAUUUGUUUGCGACUGGUUUUUCUCACUUAAGAAUACUUACAUGUAUGCUUUUGUUUAAGUAACACCUGGAAAUAGGUUAUGUAAAUUCUCGGUAUCAUUUUUUUUAAGAUGGUAGCUGUAGCAGUAAGAAAAAGGUUGUUCUGUUUCUUGUUUUUCUUUUGUCUUAGCAAAUUAAAAUUGCCUUUGUAUGGCACUUGGUAC